AUGGACGGCAACCGAAACAACCCCAACGGCGCUCCUCCCAGCGGCAACCCGACCAACGGCCGGCUUCACCUAAACUUUGGCUAUAACGACCAGCAGCCAUAUAGCAACAAUCCGUCGAGCAACCGCGCGUAUCCCACGACGCCGUCGACCUUCCCGCAGCCCAUGUACGCCGGCCAGGGCAACCAGGAGUUUGUCGACGCCCAGCAGAAUGCCUACAACCAGGGAUACUUCGUGAACAACCCCUAUAUGGCGCCCGCCGGGCAGACGCUCCAGCAGCAGCAGCAGGCCCAGUAUGCUCCAGCACCGCACGGAAACCAGCCUGCACCGCAGCAGGCGGCCUACCAGCCUCGAGCUGCCGGCGGACACCAGGGAAACGACGAGACUACGGGCCUCAUACAGCAGUUCUCGAACCAGGACCUCAGCGCUUCCCCGCGCCCAGUGAGAGCCGCCCCGCAAGGCCAGCAGCGUCCUCGCACCGCGGGCUCUCCAGCCGGCCACCAGCAGGCUCAGGCUCACUUGACGCCGCCGGUGCCGGCUCGGGGGGCUAACCCGGAGGACGAGGAGCUCGUUCGGUGUCCAGAGAGAUACUCGGAGAACGCCCACAAGCGUGGGAAGGCAGCCAAGGAGCUGGUCAACGUCUUCUUCCGCGAGAACAUCGAGAGAGCCCGUGAUAGGAAUAUGCGUGCCGCAAGUCUGGACAAGAUCUGCCAGAAUGCAACCGUGUCUGAUACCAAGAGGAAGCAUGAAGCAGAGGCCAUGGCGAAGAAGGAGGCCAACUUUCUCCGGUUUAUCAGGACGAGAGAGACCCCUUCCAACUUCCAGACCAUCAAGAUUAUCGGUAAAGGUGCAUUCGGAGAGGUUAAGCUGGUGCAGCGCAAGAGUGACGGCAAGAUCUACGCCUUGAAGUCACUGAUUAAGACGGAGAUGUUCAAGAAAGACCAGCUCGCCCACGUCCGUGCCGAGCGUGAUAUCCUUGCCGACUCCAAGGACAACCCAUGGCUGGUCAAACUCCAUGCCUCGUUCCAGGACAAGGCAUAUCUUUAUCUCCUCAUGGAGUUCUUGCCCGGUGGUGAUUUGAUGACCAUGCUUAUUAAAUAUGAGAUAUUCUCAGAGGACAUCACAAGAUUUUACAUGGCCGAGCUGGUCAUGGCGAUCGAGGCCGUUCAUAAACUUGGCUUCCUACAUCGUGAUAUUAAACCAGACAACAUUUUACUGGAUCGUGGUGGACAUAUCAAAUUAACAGAUUUUGGCCUGUCUACUGGCGGCAAGAAGCAGCACGACAACUCAUAUUACCAGGCUCUGUUAAAAAAUACAUCAACAUCCAAAGAUAAGAAUAGAAACUCGGGCUUCUUCUCGGACGCCAUCAAUUUGACGGUCUCCAACCGUGGCCAGAUCAAUACCUGGCGUCGAUCACGUCGUGCCAUGGCAUACUCCACCGUCGGUACCCCAGAUUACAUUGCUCCUGAAAUAUUUAACGGUCAGGGAUACACCUAUCUCUGCGAUUGGUGGUCCGUUGGAGCCAUCAUGUUCGAGUGUCUCGUUGGAUGGCCGCCGUUCUGUGCCGAACAGCCCACCGACACCUAUCGAAAGAUCGUCUACUGGCGUGAACAUCUUGCUUUCCCCGAAGAACUUGUUCUCUCCCGCGAUUCAGAGCAUCUCAUCCGAAGUUUCCUCUGUGAUCCCGAAAACCGUAUCGGUCAAGAAGGCGGUCAACACGGCGGUGCCACCCAAAUUAAAGCCCAUCCCUUCUUCCGUGGCGUCGUGUGGGAACAGCUCCGCCGAAUUCGCGCUCCCUUCGAACCACGACUCACCUCUAACAUUGACGUCUCCUACUUCCCCAUCGACGAGAUCCCCCAGGAAGACAACAGUGCUCUCCUCCGCGCCCAGGCUCGCGCCAUGCCAGAGGAACAAGAGGCAGAGAUGUCCCUCCCCUUUAUCGGCUACACUUAUAAGGCCUUUAAUGCUUUCCAGAGCAGCUAA